AUGAAGUUCACUAUCGCUACCCUGGUCACUCUCGCCGUCUCUGUUGCCGCGACUGCCCCUGUCCACGGAAAAUCCUCCAAGCAGAUCUCUCUUUCCCAGGCCGAAGGGCUCUGCCAGUCCGGAAAGGUCGCCUGCUGCAACCCUAAGAAAGAUAUCAGCGGCGAUGGAAUCAUUGGCAACCUUCUUGCGGAGGGUCUCCUCAACAACUUGCUCGGCGUCGGCGAUUCCGCCUGUGCCUCCCAGAGUCUGAUCAAGAACUUGAACAUUCUCGGCUUCACCGAGGAGGGUACUGAGGGAACUACCUGCAAGAACACUAUUGCUUGCUGCCCUACUGGAAAGGACUGCACCGCCAUCGAUGCCUAA